UCACCUUCACCAUAGGAAAGCAGAGAACCCUGAGCCCAAGGAACAACUUGGGUCUACGGUUCCAUGAUACUCGAAACAGGUGGUCUCCUCUGACACAGGGACCCCCCCUUUACAGGAGGCAAACGUUCCAACAGUGUGACUCUGCUUGUGCUCAGAACACAUUUUCAACUCUGUGACUGCAGAUUACAAACCGAAGAUGCCAAAAAAGAAAGGUGCACAGGGGAAAAAGAUUACCCUGAAGAUGGCAAAAAAGUCCAUGAAGAUCACAGUGGACGGAAAGCGCCGCUUAGACCUCAGCAACAUGGGCAUCGCCACCUUCCCCAGGUGCAUCCUGAAGCUGACCGACAUUGAAGAAAUUGAUCUCAGCAGAAACAUGAUCAAAAAAAUUCCGGACUACAUCAACAGAUUUCCAAAGCUGCGGUACCUUGACUUUCACACAAAUAAGAUAGAGAAAAUUCCGGAAAAUAUUGGCCAGUUGGAAUUACUUUAUUACUUAGACCUGUCCAAUAACAAACUCACAACAGAGGGCUUGCCCUUAGAACUCACUCAGCUGAAAAAUCUACGUGUCCUGAACCUCGGGCUGAAUUCAGUAGAAAUGAUUCCAACGACCAUCGGCACGCUAAAGGAACUGAAGGAGUUAGGGUUGUUUGACAAUCGGAUCACCUACAUGCCAGAGAAAAUCACCAAGCUUCCGAAACUGAAGAAGCUGAACGUGAUGCGCAAUCCCUUCACCACGCCACAGAUACCCGAAGAGCCAAUAGACACAAUUGAUCGCAUUGAGGAUAUUUACCUGGCCAGGAAAAACAUGCUGUGUCGCCCCUGCCUCAGGAAGUUACAGCAAGAAAGGGACAAAUGGAGCAAAGUGAAGCAAAUUGCUGAGUUGGAUGAGGAGCCUGACUUCAGUGGUCUCAUUUCACCUAACUCUGUUGCCAGACAACAUGAGGUCUCCUGGAGAGUUACUGAAUAA